AUGGAAGAAAUUGGUGUUGAAACAACUAAUUCGGCGGCUGGCGUAUCAAGUGAAAUUUUUAAGGAGCUCAGCGAUCAGGAUCUUUAUACAAAGUUAAAAAAACUUCAACGUCACUUGGAAUUCUUGGAAUUGCAAGAAGAAUACAUUAAAGACGAACAGAAAAACCUAAAACGCGAGUUGAUAAGGGCACAGGAAGAAGUUAAGCGCAUUCAAUCUGUACCUCUAGUCAUUGGCCAAUUCUUGGAACCAAUUGACCAACACACUGGAAUUGUUGGAUCAACGACAGGCUCAAACUAUGUCGUUAGAAUUUUGAGCACCAUCGAUCGUGAACUUCUUAAACCUUCAUCUUCUGUCGCCCUUCAUAGACAUUCUAACUCGCUUGUUGAUGUAUUACCUCCAGAAGCUGAUAGCAGCAUUGCUAUGUUGGGAGAUGACGAGAAACCCGAUGUGACGUAUGCAGAUGUGGGAGGUCUUGAUAUUCAAAAGCAAGAAAUCCGUGAGGCUGUGGAAUUACCAUUAACACAUUUUGAUCUCUAUAAACAAAUUGGAAUCGAUCCGCCACGUGGGGUUUUGCUAUAUGGACCACCGGGAACGGGCAAGACGAUGCUUGUAAAAGCAGUCGCGCAUCAUACAACAGCAGCAUUCAUUCGUGUGGUUGGUUCAGAAUUUGUCCAAAAAUAUUUGGGUGAGGGACCUCGUAUGGUUCGUGAUGUGUUUAGACUCGCAAGGGAGAAUUCACCCGCUAUAAUUUUCAUUGAUGAAAUUGAUGCGAUUGCAACCAAAAGAUUUGAUGCCCAAACAGGAGCAGAUCGUGAAGUUCAGCGUAUUUUAUUAGAGUUGUUGAAUCAAAUGGAUGGAUUUGAUCAAACCUCAAAUGUGAUUAUGGCUACCAAUCGAGCUGACACUUUAGAUCCUGCUUUAUUAAGACCUGGUCGUCUCGAUCGUAAGAUUGAAUUUCCAACACCAGACAGACGACAAAAACGAUUAAUUUUCACUACUCUCACGUCACGUAUGAAUCUUUCUGAAGAAGUGGAUUUAGAAGAUUUUGUCUCUCGACCUGAUAAAUUGAGUGGUGCCGAAAUACAUGCAAUAUGUCAAGAAGCUGGCAUGCAAGCUGUACGAAAGAAUCGUUACGUGAUUCUUAGCAAAGAUAUUGAAAAAGGUUAUAAGGCAAAUGUUAAGAAAGCAGACACGGACUUUGAAUUCUACAAAUAA